AUGUCAUCAACAUGCUAUGUAAGGUGUUCAGGUCUUCAUCUAUCAAAUAAUAAGUUAAGAGAAAAUCUGUAUCUUUUAUUCAGUGAAUAUGGAGAGGUUAUCAAAAUUACAAUACAAUCUGGUAAAGAUACAUUAGCCUGGGUUGCGAUGUCUGACGAACAAGAAGCUCAAUUGGCUUCUUAUUCUUUAAAUAACACCCGAUUUUUUAACCAGGUGUUAUCUGUACAAUUAAGUAAUAAAAAUACAAAAAAUAUCAUAUAG